AUGAUGGAACCGGUCCUGGUAAUACUUGACGUUGUUUGGGACGUACUUGAUCUGAAGGCGGUUGGCAUUCCUUUAGGGGAUGAUCAUACGCGUUGUAAAGUUGUUUUAACCACUCGAAGUCAAGAUGUUUGCACUCAAAUGGGAGUUCAAAAGAUUGUUGCCGUCGAGGAGUUGGAUAAACAAGACGCAUGGGACCUUUUUAAGGAGAUGGCCGGUGGUGAAGCCGUUUAUUCCGGUGAUUUGAAUCAUAUUGCAAGAGAGGUAGCAGAUGAAUGCGGUGGUGUGCCACUUGUCAUUGUGACCAUCGCUAGAGCGUUGAAAAAUAAAAACCAUUACGUGUGGACUGAUGCGGCUCGACAGCAGAAGAACUCAAACACAAAAUACAUCCCCGGGCUGGGUAAAGACGUGUAUCCCCAACUUGAGUUGAGUUUCAAGUAUCUUGACAGCGAGGACGCCAAAUAUUUGUUCUUACUCUGUUGCUUGUUUCCACGAGAUCGUAACAUUCCGAUAGAAGACUUGACGAGAUACGUCAUGGCGCUGAAGAUGUUUGAAGGUGUCAGCACCAUUGAAGAAGCAAGAGGUAGAGUCUAUGCUGUGGUAAGUACCCUUGCUGAUUCUUUUAUGUUGUUAGAUGGUUCUGAAGAAGGGUUCGAUAAAAUGCAUCACGUUCUCCGCGAUGUUGCAAUAUAUAUUUCGUCUAAACAUGAGAAGUUCCGGUUUAAGGUUAUGGCUGGAGUGAGAAAUUGGCCAGACCCACAAACAUUUGCAAAUUAUUUAGCCAUCUCAUUGAUAUCAAAUAAUAUUUAUGAGCUUCCUGGUGAGCUGCAAGCCCCAAACCUCCAGACCUUGAGACUGCAAUGCAAUUCUCAGUUGCAAAUUCCAGAUGAUUUCUUCCAAGGAUCGAAAGAUCAAUUAAAAUGCUUAGAAAUGAGCGGUAUCCAUUUCUUGCCAACACUUCCACCGUCACUUCAACUGCUCUCUAGCACCCUUCGAACCCUCCAUCUAACUUCUUGCAAGUUAGGGGACAUAUCUAUGAUAGCAACACUGCGUAGACUUGAAAUUCUCAGUUUUUGUGGUUCUGCACUUGCUGUGAUUCCCCACAAUAUUGCCCAAUUGACUCGUCUGAGACUCCUUGAUUUGACGAACUGUGUAACACUUACCAAAAUAGUACCAGGCGUCAUAGGUGAACUUCGUAAAUUAGAGGAGCUAUACUUGCCAGAAUUUUUUGAGUUCCACAAUCUUGAUGAGCUAAAUUUCUUGUCUCGAUUGACUCGCCUGCAAAUUCGGAUCGAUCUUUUGGGUAUAAAUUUAUAUGGGUGCGUGCUCGGGUUAACAAGUUUCAACAUAACAAUUGGCACUCCAAAAAAUUAUACGACUCCCCAGUUUUACAAGCCUAAUUUUUAUGUAUGCAUGAGAAGCUUGAGGAUUACCAAUGAUGGGCCAAUACAGCCAUCAUUAUUGCCAGAUCGGAUUAAGUUUCUGCUGUUAGAGAAGACUAAGAAUCUAGUUUUGGACGAAUUGAAGAAUUUCAAUAAUAUCUUCAGUGAACUAAACCAGGAAGGCCUCAAUGAAUUAAUGUCUCUUGAACUCAAUUUCCUUAAAGAGAUGGUAUAUCUGGUCAACACAAUGGAGUAG